AUGGAGGCGUCGUGUCUGGGCGCGGCGCUGGAGCUCGUGUCGAGCGGCGGCGCGGGGCUGAGCCCCGAGAAACGCGCCGCGCUCGGCGCCUCGCUGCCCCUCCUGCGCCGCGACUACCGCUUCCAGCGCGUCUGGUUCUGGGGCCGCAUCCAGGGCCUCCGCGGCGCCUACUAUGUCGCCGAGGGGCUGGGCGCCGACCUCGCCGCCCCCCGCAGCCGCCUCUACAGCUUGAACUGCGUGGAGUGGAACCUGCUGCCGCCCGCGAGCGGGGAAAUGGUGGCGCGGKCCGAGGCGCUGAAGGGCCGCUUCCAGGGGGAUCCCUCCUUUGAGUACGAGCUCGGCGAGGCCAAGGCGGAAGACGAGGAAAAGUUGCCCGAGGAUGGGCAGGAGCUCGUGAUCAAGGAAGAGAUCCGCCUUGUAGCUACGAUAGAACAGAUAGAUAAAGCAGUUGGUAUCAUCCCCCGGGGUUCAUUUGUGAAGACACCCCUGGGGCCUGUGCAUGAAAACAGAAACUUUGAAGGUCUUUCUUUGACGGAGGCAAAAAAGUUAAGUUCCUAUUUUCAUUUGGCUGAGCCUGUUAACCUGAAGAAUAAAACACUCCUGGAAAAGGCUGACCUGGACCCAUCUACAGACUUUCUGGACUCUCUGGAGCAUGAUAUCCCAAAAGGCUCCUGGACCGUCCAGCUGGAAAAGGGAGGUAUGGUGGUGGUGCUGAGGAGCCUGCUGUGGCUGGGACUGACCUUCUACCACGUCCCAAUGACCAAGCAAUACGGCUACGUCUACUUCGGCACUGGUGAGAAGAACUUAGACCUGCCCUUCAUGCUGUGACCCUGCUGCCURGGCUCAAGUGUGUUUAGAUUUUAUCCUGUGAAAUGUGUUUAUUGCCUAUUCUAAUAAAUAUAUGAAACUUCUGCAC